AAUUUAAAUUUUGACGAGUGGAAUGUUUACGGUUUAUGCUCUGGGUGGUCAAUUAAAUGGUUUGAGUCUGACAGUGUUUGUGUGCAUGAAUCUAUUUCUAUUUGUUUGAAUCAUUGAAGGUGUGCCACGUGUAUUGAAUCAUGGCUUUCACAAGUUUUUGCGAGAACGGCAAGCGUUUGGACGAAGAUGUCGCGUACAAUCACGGUCUACCAAGAUGUUUGUUUGAAACUGUUUCUUCGGUUUUGUUGCUCCUUGUCGUCGUUUUCGCCUGUCUACCACAACUCGUCCGGAUGGCUUACUCGCGACAAAUGAAAAGAAGACGCUAUGGGAACAUUCAAGAUUUUGAACAAUCAGUGGAGUCCCCGGCUAACGAUCUUUUGUUCAAUACGGACAAGACAAAUUCGGACUCAGUGACGUUUGUCGAUGAUCCCGCUAGUUUUAUUUACGGCGAGAAUUAUCGAACAUCAUUUUGGUAUACGUGCCAGCUGUUUUUUCAUAUUUGUCAAAUUUUGUUGCCCUUGGUGGAUCUCAUCGCGACAGGCUCAGUGGAUUCAUCUCGUCUACAAGGUGUGACAUUGCUCUGUGACAUCCUGUCAUCACUGACUUGGUUUAUGGCAUAUUUCGACAUAAUGUUCGAAACGCAAUCUCGAAACGUUGCUCAAAUCUCUAGAUAUUCUACGCCAUUGCUUCUGUACUGGUCGUUGAUGUUCUUUAAGAACAAUCUCGUGCUGUUGUCGUGGAACAACGACGAUUGGUGGUUUCAAAGACAUAACACGGUUGACCUAACGCAGUUCAUUUUGUUUUGGAUUCGUUAUUCGCUCUCGGGUUUUCUUUUUCUUCUCGGCAUCAAAGCGCCCGGAUUGUACCAUAAGCCGCCCCAUUUGGUGCCGGCCGAUGACGAUAUCCUUAGAGGCACCCAACGAAUUUUGUCAAAAAACGAAGCAUUAGACAGCGCAGAGGAAGGUCAAACAUCCACAUUCAAAGGUUUCUGGAAGAAGGUGAAGCUGAUCUGGCCAUUCCUGUGGCCAAAUCGUCGGCUUCUUCAGAUUCGAGUUUUAGUGUGUUUUACCCUAUUGGCUGGUGGACGGGUCAUCAAUCUUUUUAUCCCAAUCAUAUACCGUGAAAUAGUUAACUACCUGACUCCGGGCAAAGAUGGUUUGGAAGGAAAAUCAAAUCCCAUUCAUUUAAUUGUUCUCUACAUAUCUUUAAGAUUCUUACAAGGAGGUGGAACAGGUGCCUUGGGAAUGAUUACAAAUUUGCGAUCGUUUAUUUGGAUCAGAGUGCAACAGUAUACGAGUCGUGCUGUUCAAGUAAGAUUGUUUGCACACUUGCACAGUUUGUCGUUACGGUGGCAUUUGGAGAAAACAGGCGAGGUUAUAAGAAUCGUGGACCGUGGAAAUACUAGUAUCAAUGCGUUAUUAAGUUAUUUGUUGUUCAACAUCCUUCCCGUAUUUGUUGACAUAGCAAUCGCCAUAGUUUUUUUCAUUUUGGCCUUCAACAUAUAUUUCGGAUUGGUCGUUUUGGUCACGAUGGGAUUAUACCUAGGUUUGACGAUUGCAAUCACUGAAUGGCGUACAAAAUACAGAAGACAGAUGAAUCUCAAGGAUAAUUUGACAAAAGCAAAGGCAGUUGAUUCAUUGCUAAACUUUGAAACGGUGAAAUACUAUAAUGCCGAGGAUUAUGAAGUUGAUCGUUAUAAUUCUGCCAUCGAAGAUUAUCAGACAUGUGAAUGGGAAUCGCUAGCGAGUCUUAAUGUUCUCAAUAUCGUCCAGAAUCUCAUUGUUACUGCAGGACUUUUGACCGGAACUAUUUAUUGUGGUCACUUGGUCAUUAAUGGAACAUUUCAGGUUGGAGAUUUCGUUCUCUUUAUCACCUAUAUAGUUCAACUUUAUCAGCCACUGAACUUUUUUGGCACCUACUACAGAUUCAUACAACAGGCGUUCAUCGACAUGGAAAACGUAUUUGAUUUAAUGAAAGAACAUGCAGAAAUACAAGAUGUACCGAAUGCUCCUCCUCUCCUAGUGGACGGUGGUGAAAUUAAAUUUGAGAAUGUUCAUUUCUCUUACCAAACUGGAAAAGAAAUUUUGAAGGGUGUGUCAUUUCUUGUUAAACCUGGCGAAACACUUGCGUUGGUUGGCCCGUCAGGCAGUGGCAAAAGUACCAUUAUUAGACUGCUCUUUCGAUUCUACGAUGUUGAUUCGGGUUCCAUAAGCAUUGACGAUCAGGACAUCAGCAAGGUGUCCCAGAAUUCUUUGCGUCAACACAUUGGGGUUGUUCCGCAAGACACGGUCUUGUUCAAUGAUGAUAUACGAUACAACAUACGUUACGGCAGAGUCGAUGCAGGAGACCUAGAGGUUGAAGAGGCCGCUGAUUCUGCCGACAUCCACCAACGUAUUCUGACAUUUCCGAACCGUUAUGACACUUUGGUUGGCGAGCGAGGUUUGAAAAUAAGCGGUGGAGAAAAACAGCGCGUUGCCAUUGCCCGAACUUUGUUGAAAAAUCCACCUCUCGUACUUUUGGAUGAGGCUACCUCAGCGUUGGAUACACAAACCGAGAGGAAUAUACAAGCAUCGUUGAAUAAUGUCACUUCAAAUCGUACCACAAUUGUUGUUGCUCACAGGCUGUCCACUAUUGUUAAUGCUGAUCUCAUUUUGGUGUUGAAAGAUGGAGAAGUAGUAGAGAGAGGAAAACACCAGGAACUGCUUGACCAUCAAGGCGUAUAUGCGAACAUGUGGCAGCAACAGGCGGCGGAGAUCGAAGAUGAAUAGAGUUCGCUGACGCGGCUCCUAUUUUGUGUGUUUCUUUUUCGUAAAUUGUAUUUGGAGGUGGAUUUAUAAUUGUACAGGACUUACGGCUGGGUAUAACUCAUGUUUUUUACGGUAUAGAAUCCAUGCGUCCAAAUGCUUUAACAAAUUGAUAAAGAAUAGCGGUUGUUUUUGUGCUUGAUUUUUUUACGAGCAACCGUUCGAUGGGUCGUGCCAGGCCUCUAAGUGACGAGUGCCAGGCAGCUAAGUCACGAAUUUUUUACUGUUUAUUUUUUUCUAAGUUUUUUGCAAAAAUAAUUCGCCGCAAUAUAUUACAAGCUCGCAAUAUAUUUAAACCGCUCCAAAACGAAAGAAAAAGAAAUAAUUUGCCUUUAUUUUAUUUUGUUUUAACUUGUUUUGUUUUAUUUUAUUUUAUUUUAUUGAGCAAAAGCUUUUAAAGAGCUACGUGGCCGCAUGAAAACGGCCUACGUUCGUUAAACUGAAGGAGGUCUCAAAAUGAGGAAAUAAACAAGCAGGUGUACAGUUCAGGAAUGGUUAACUGGCGAAUGUAACGUAGUUGCAUUACCUUUUCAUGAAAUAUUUUGCGGUUACUCUUUUGCUACUUAAAUGCUUAAUUAAAUGGUUGCCUAAAUUUUCGUCCCCAAGACAACUGACGUAGACAAUUGAGUUUUAUAUCGCACACAGCGUUGUUUUAUUAAUGCUGAAUGAAACAGCUUUGAUUGUCUUGUACAACUGUCUUUGAGAACUGUUUAGAUGAAAUCUAUGGGCUUUUAUUUUGCUUUGAGUAUGGUCAAGUGUCAUCUUGGGAUGGGGUUUUUCGCGAAAACUCCAAGUUUUCCAUUAGAAAUGAAAUGAAAUGAAACAAAAUAAAAUUAUUUCAAAGACUUUUA